AUGACCUCCAACAUCACCACACGCGAUGAGUUUGAUUCUAUUUCAGAGGGUUGCUUCUUGGUAAUGCCUCCUCGUCAUACGACAACCAGAAAGCGUAAAAGAGUAUCUAUCAAAGACGUCAAAGCCACAACCUCUCGUCCUAAAGUGACAUUAUCCGAUGGAUUCCAACGCCUGUUUCGAGGCGAUGAGCCCAAAGAAAACAUGGAAUUGCGCAGAAAAGGAUUCGAGGAAACUUGGAAAAAAACGGAAGAUCUUGUUGAGGUACCCUAUCUCUUCUCUAGCUGCAACUACCAGUAUGAUAAGAAUAAUAAAGAUCAAUACUCUACCAAUACAACCCGAAGAACUCUAGGAAUUAUGCUGGAUAUGAAUCAUACUUGUUUAGAUAACAUCAGUCAAUUUGUAGACAGAGCUUAUGAUACAGAAUCAACUAUGAAGAGUUUGAUUGCAUUGCCGUACCAUGAAAUCCCUACUGGGCUAGUAUUUGCAGGCAUUAAUACCCCAGAUCAUGCUACUCCGUUUGAGCAACUUACUUCGCUACUAUCAUUACCAGCAACUCCCGAGAACAAGCGUACAAAAGACAAUUAUGUAGCCUUAUUACAAUCCAAGGAUUGCGCUACACUUCAGAUUAUGAUGGCUCGUGUAAUUGAGCAGUUUUUAGCAUCAAAUGAUCCUUCUCAAAUAUCAGACAAAAUGGAUAUUGAUAAUGAAGAAAAUGGAGACGAAAACGAAAGCGAAGAGGAUGGUGAAGAAGGUGAAUCACGGGAAAAACACGAAGAAUCAAGUAAAUCGUAUACUCUGACAGCGAAUUCUGGGGACAAUACAUGCCGACUUCAACGCUACGAUCUACAGAUGCUUGAGGGAUGGUACAAACACCAAAUGGAUAUCAGAGAAAACAAGAGCGCACCUCGUUCAAAUCUCGUCGUAAUUCUUCAGGAUCUCGAAUCAUUUGCACCAGAUGUUCUUCAGAAUUUUAUUACUAUCUGUAGUGAAUAUCGUCUUCGGAUUCCCAUUGUAUUCAUCAUUGGUAUCGCAACAUCUACCGAGAUUCUUCACCAGUCCUUGAGCAAAUCAACUCUCGGAUUAUUGAGAAUCGAGAAAUUUUGGCUGCAGCAAAGUGAAGCAUGGUUUAACAGAGUGAUCGAAACAGUUUUUAUUGACACACCACACACAAUAAAAUUUGGUGCUCGUCCUUACAAGUUCAUGUUAGAUCAUUUUUAUCUGUAUGAUUUCUCAAUUGGUGCAGUUAAAUCCAGUCUAAAGUAUGCUUUGAUGCACUGUUUUUAUGGUAGCUCUCUAUCUAUAUUUCUUCCUCUAUUGGGUCGAUCUAGACCAGAUACUCUUAAAAAGCUUCAAGAAAUGCGGAAACGUAAAUUGAUCACUCAGGAUCACAUCAAUACCCUUCGAAUGCAAGCUUCCUUCAAAACCUAUAUAGAGUCAAUCUGUGAUACCGAACCUUCCAAAGCUCUCAGACUCGUAACGGAUGAUGAUUUUUUUACGACUGCGGCCAUGGCAGAUUUCCUGUGUGGAAUUGAGACCUAUCGACAAAAAUUCAAGUUUGGAUUGGAUUUAAUCCAGGUCCUCCAAGGACAAUUCUCGGCAUUCUCGACCUUACGUAAAUCCAAACGAAUGCUUUUACUUCAGAGCCUCGAGACUCGGGACGGCCUUGUUGGUGGGGACAGCACACACAGCGAAGUGACCAGAUGGCUAGUGAGCCUUGUGCGUAAGGUCGAGCCUGAUGCCUUGGAGAGUUUGUUGGACGCUUUGGAAGGUUUGAUGGAAAGUAAUCCAGACUACAAACAACGCUGCAUGACUGUAGUUGAUGGUGAAUCUCGGUACAAGAUCUCGAUGUGGAAGGAACGUUUGGUAGAACUCUUGGCUGGGGAUAAAACCUAUGUGGCUCGUAUGGAAAAAAAGGCCAAAAGAUUAGAAGGAAUGUCUCUCCCGGACAUGGAAGAGAAAAGAAGUACAGAAACAUCAAAGAAAGUCCACGCAGAAGCCAUUGCUCACAUGAAGCGAAAGGGUACCGAAGUGUCCAAGUUGGCUAUGGAAAUUUCUGAUUGGAUUCAUUACAUAUUCUAUGAGUGUCUUCAGUCCUAUACACAAGUUCCUAUGCAUGAAUUGGUAUAUUAUGUACAAUCUAAAUUACAUGAAAAGUCUUUUUCAGCUCAACCGAGGGCAUCUGUACAGACUGCUCUGACCAACUCAAAACAUUAUCUGGAUUGUCAAUGCUGUCAAGGUGGCCAGGAUCAAUUGCUACCUUCUGAACCUGACAGCUGUAUUCUUUACAAACUAUAUCUGGAGUGUGGACGAAUGAUCAAUCUUUACGACUGGUUUGUUGCAUUUGGGUGUAUAAUCGAACGAGAAAAAAGCCCGGCAGAUAAUCCUUUGAAUGAAAAUGAAGUACAAGCACGAUUUAUUCGGUCUGUUGCUGAGCUUCAGUUCCUUGGGUUCAUCAAACCUACUCAACGCAAGACAGAUCAUGUUAUGCGAUUGACAUGGUCCAACAUCUAA